UCCACAAAAACUAAACAAUCUCCGUCAACCUUCUAUUUUAGCCGGUUACAGCGACAUCCAAAAUGAUGGCAUAUUUCCGUCGCGUUGAAUGAUAAUUUAAUUUCCCCCACUCAUUUGGGGGUAUCUGCCUGCCUUUUUUAGUGAUGUGCACAUGCAUGCUAGCUAUUAUACUCGGCAAAAAAAAAAAUUCUUCCGCAAAUUCUGUGGUCAAAGUUUGGUUAGUGCACGAUUCUCAAUUUUGGUAUUAUUUGGAUGAGCCGUUUAGGGUUCAGGCCAGCUCACACUAAAAAAAAUGUCUAUGGCAAGGGUUAUUUUUCUUCGUAGCAAGGGUUUUAACCCCUGCUACAGGAUGUAGCAAGGGUUUAUCCAACUCUUGGACGGACCCUUGGCAAAGCCGCCCCUGCUACGUGUAGCAAGGGUUAUAAGCGACCCUUGGUGCAAGUCCCCUGCAGCGGUUGUAGCAAGGGUUUAAACCCCUUGCUACACGUAUGUGGAAAAUUCAAGCAUGUGUUGCUCGUACCAGCGGUUAUAAUCCUUGCAUAAUUCGUUCCUACAUCUAGCAAGGGUUACGACCCUUGCUACAGGCCUUUGUAACUUUAUGUAAAAUUGCUGAAGAUACGCUACUUGCAAGGGUUAAAACCCUUGCACAGUUUGUGACUAAAGCUAAAAAACAUUUGUGUCGAAAUCAAAAUGGUCGCUAAAAGUCGUCACUAAAGAGAGGCAACAAAAUUCGUGGCAAAAGCUUGGUUGCAAUACCCUGGUCAUUAAAACAAAUCCAAAACCAAGUUUGUUACUAAAACUCAUACCAUAUACCCAUCAAUCAUAACAUAAUUCGAUUCAUAAUCCAAAAUGGUGUUCUUUACAUGACUAAAUCCUAAUCACCAUGAACAUUCAAACAUACUCAGAAGAAUCCAAAAUGGUUACCAGGAAAAGUUACCACAACGGUGUCGUAUGCGAACCCCGACUAUCGCAAACACAAUUGAAAACUUGCACUCGGAUUAACGAAGGAGAAGGGCAAGCAGAUAGAAAUCAUCAACCCAAGUUGGAUCGGCAGCUGAAAAGAAAAGAUGCAGGUCUUCGUGAAAACUAUCACCGGGAAGACGAUAACUCUGGAGGUGGAGAGCAGUGACACCGUGGACAACGUCAAGUCCAAGAUUCAGGAGAAGGAGGGGAUUCCGGCCGACCAGCAGCGCCUAAUCUUCGCCGGGAAGCAGCUAGAGGAUGGCAGAACUCUGGCCGAUUACAACAUUCAGAAGGAAUCACGCUCCACUUGGUUUCGCCGGAGAAAUCAGCGAACGAACAAGAGUCAACAAAUAGAAAAGGGAAAUAGGGGGUUUGCUCGUAUCGGGCUGAAAUUUGGUUCAAGUCUUAGCAAGGGUUAUGGAACCCUUGGAAAGAAGCUUUGCUACCAAAAAAUGUAAAAGAAAAAAUGGGAGUUUUCUCGCGUCGAUAGAAAUUUGGUUUAAGAGUUAGCAAGGGUUAAAGAACCCUUGCAAAAAAACAUUGCUAUUGAAUAUUCCAAAAAAAUUAGCAAGGGUUAUAGAACCCUUGGCAUAAGUCAUCUUUUUUGUAGUGUCAGUAACCUAUAUGAUUACUCAUAGGUACAUAACCAAUGGUUAUCCAAUCUGUUCUCGAUCGAAUCAAAUCGAUAUCAUUUGGAUUGCAUGAAUUAUCUUGAUAAUACUAAAGGAUUAUUAGGUCGAGUUAAAAUCAUGGGAACUUGCUGAGACGAAUCAUAUAAACUUAUGACAUGAUUGUGGCAGCCUAGCUUGUUGAAUUUUGGGAGGAACAAAAAUACUCCAUAUGUGUUUAUACUAAGGAUGGAACACAACACUCAGUAUGACGUAUUUUGUAACUACAUCACAACUCAUUACUUGAUCAUAAAUUAACAAUAAAUUAAUUUACUAUACUAUAAACGAAAUUACAAUUGGAAUUGAUCUCUUUUCUUCAUAUACCUAUUCGAUUAUUUACCCAUCAAUCUUUAAAGUAGUUUAGUUGCAGUGAGGAUUCCACUACUUUUGACGGCAAGUCUACAUAAAAUAUUUUCAGCUUUGAUCUAUAUAUCAAGAACGAAUUUCGAAGUCGAAUUUGUGACCAGUUUGCUAAUGAUUGUUUAGUGAGAUCCAUUGAAAAGCACUUACUUAAGAGUGUAGACAGUGAAUGUAUUUUGUGUUUCUUUCAUAAUAUGAAAACUCGUCAUGAUUUUUAAUUAUGAAAUACCGAUUGUAUUAGACGUAAUUUUUUAUGUAUGAAAAUAAAUUAUUUAGAUAUUAUUAAUUUAAUUAUGUUCAUUAAAUAUUUAUAUAUUUAUGGUACGAAAAAAAAGGAUAGAGGUAAUUUCAAAUCCUGUCUCGGCGAGUGUGUUAUAUGGGUAUAUAUUAUUUUGGGGUGUUGAGUGUUUAGAAUGAUUGGGUAUAUAUUUAUUGUAAACGUUUGAGUGUUUUAAUGUAUAUAUAUAUAUUUACUUUGUUGUUUAUGUUUAAUUAGAAGAGAGGAAGGAUAGUUUUUUUACGAGUAUUCUGAUGCGUUUUAAGCAUAGCAGUGGUAAAGAGGAAUAGUGUUAUAUCGAUGCAUUAUUGAAUGGUUGAUGGAUGGUAUUUUGUUGUUGUACCAGUUGGAUCCGGUUCUGGACGAUAGUGUUUGACGGUGCCCAUACGUGGUUGCCAACAAUUAAAUAGUUGGCAGAAUAGUAAAAUCAGGUGCAUAUAUAUAUGGAGUGGAAGCAGCCAACGGGAAAGUGGGACAAAGAUCGUGAGAGAUAUAUAUGGGACAAAGAUCGAUCGCAGCGCAAAGCAAAGCACGCCUAAUGAGCCGGACAAGAGGCGACACAGAGAAGAUGGUGGCCGGCUGCUGGUGAUGCCGGUUGCUGGCUCUGCAUGUUGGCCGCCUGGGGAGUCGGCCUCACCUGUCUGUCAAUUUUUGCAGCAAGGAAUUAUUUAAAUUUUAAACAGCUUCUUCUUAAUUAAUUUUGUGUUUUGGUUGUAUCAACUUCUGCAAGAUGGCGCCAACCCAAUAGGAACGUAGUAGUGAUGAGCACUGAUAGCCAAGCUGCAGCCUGCAGCAUAUAUAGCAUCUUACUCUUAAGCGUUAAGCAGCCGGCUGAUUCUGCUCGCGUACGUACGUAACUCUGCUACCAUCCAAACACUGGGGGAUCGUUGUCGGCUUGUGUCUUGUCCAACGAACUUGAAAUGUAGUUUCUAAUUUUUUAAAUUAAGUGAAGUAUAUUGAUUGAUUGAUGACCAUGCUCAGAGCAAAGAUACCCUUCCAGUUCCAUGCAGGAUUCGAAUAUUUGGUUUCAUAUUGUAUUAGUUAAAAUAGAGAAAGGGGGCUUCAAUGAAACUUUUGCAUAGUG